AUGGGCUUCCUGAAACUGUCUCUCGCGUUGCACGGUGUUCUGGUUGCCCUUACAGCCAGAUCUACAGACGCGCUUGCUAGGGGUACUCUGUGCAAGACUCCCUUCGCCUUCGUGGGCAAGUAUGCCUCCGCUCAGGCUGUACCAAGGGCUGCUGCGGCAGUAGGCUGCAGACACUUGACCUCUGAUUUUUCCGCGGCAGCAACUGCUGCAGGAGGGGGGGAUGAACGGGGGCAUCAAACUGGUACGCCUUCAGAGCGGCAGCAUCAGCAUCUGUCACAGCAGGAGGCAAGGGGCACUUCGGGAGAUCGAAGUGUCACAGAAGCUUCUGAAGAGGAGAUUGGAGGGCAACAGGCACCUCGGCAGUGUCUUCUAGAUUCGCAUGCGCGCAAUCCGACUCUUACAGCAACUGAAGAGGAACUCUCGGCAGAGGCGGAGGACGUGUCUAGUGGUGGCGAUCGUGUGCCUCUUACGGCAGAAGCAGUGGAGGAGGUUCUGCGGGAAAUUCAGCCGAUGCUUCGUUCGCACGGGGGCGCUGGAGCCUGUGUGGGUUGCCCUUCUUCCUCGGUGACUCUGAGGAACGGCAUUGAGGCAACCCUUAGGGAGGUGUGGCCUGGGGUGGAGGUGUUAGAGGCUUCACCCUCCUUCGAGAGAAACGCGGAUGUGGCAGAAGCAGUCGUUAAUGCCGAGACAGUCGGAGAUGCCCUCAGCGCCAUACUGCCAGCAAUUGAACAGAUGGGAGGCAGCCUCUCCAUAGCUGAUACGGAGAACGGCGGAGUCUCGUUGCUUUAUGAGGGGCCGAAUGCGAUUACCGUCAAAUAUGGUCUAGAGAUGGAGCUGAGAGACAAGCUUCCCGGGGGGCUGGACACUGUGACCGUCGAGGCCCGAGAAUCGGAUGCAUAG